GGUAUAUUACUAAAAGCCCUACUGAUAACCGCAAAAUACUACAACAAACUUCGUAGGAGUAGGAACCUAAUCGCGAAUCGCAGAAAACUACGGUCGCUCUUGUUGGGAAUACAGGUGGGAGGCACUAUCAUAAAAUGGGAAACUUUGACGGAGUGGGAACGGUGUUCGAGCAGAGCUGCGACAUCACAACUGGAGCGAAUAGAAAGCUGCCCCCAAAUGGAACUGCGAUAGGAAAAGAAGCCUUGGAUGAGCCGGAAAAGAAGGAAAUCCUUCUUAAUCAACAGAAAUUCUCAGCACCAGCCUACACUGAAAUUCGCACGCGACGUUGUACUGUAAAGGCCGCAGCUGAAGCCAAGAGUCCAACUUCGACUAACUAUCAUCCAGAUAAGAAAACUAUAUUUAAUGGAGCAAUCUUUGGGAAUUCGGAGGAGAGUAAGCCAAAUCAGGCCGAGGGAAAACUAUCGCCCGAACUUGAGCACUAUCAGAAGACUUCCUUCGAAGAAGUCCCUCUGCACACGGCCUGCCUUACAUACUUAGGAUUUUACUUGCUGAUGAUCCUGGGCUAUAUUAACCAACUGUUGUUUGUACCCAAAGUGGCCACUGAGAAGAACAGAGAAGGCUAUGUGGCAUUGUAUGAUGCGUUCGAGAGCUUCUACUCAAGAUAUGUAUAUCGCCGAGUGAAGGAUUGUUGGAAUCGACCGAUAUGCAGCGUUCCAGGUGAUGAGCUUACCCUAAAAGAUCGUGUCACCGACGACUACGGCUGGAGUUUCAAGUUCACCGGAACAGAGACACGGUGUUUGAAUCUAGGUUCUUACAACUAUUUGGGCUUUGCAGCUGCCACCGGACGAUGCGCAGAUGAAUCGGAGGAAAGGGCCAAAAGCGACGGAUUGGCUUACUGCAGUUCUCGCUGUGAGCUGGGCGACAAUGAACAGCUUCAUGAGUUGGAGAGACUAACUGCUCGGUAUUUUGGUGUGGAAGAUGCUAUUGUCUUUGGCAUGGGAUUCGCUACUAAUGCUCUUAAUCUACCCUCGCUUCUGGGUCCUAAUUGUAUGGUGGUCAGUGACGAAAAAAACCAUGCCUCAAUCAUUCUGGGCCUACGCCUUUCCGGUGCUACAAUCAAGGUUUUCAAGCACAACAACAUGCGGGACCUAGAGCGAGUUCUUCGCGAGGGUAUUUGCUAUGGAAAUCCCAAAAGAGGCGGCAUGCCGUGGAAUAAAAUAAUGAUUGUUGUGGAGGGAAUUUUUAGCAUGGAGGGAUCCAUUGUCCGGCUGCCCGAAGUAAUUGCCUUAAAGAAAAAAUACAAAGCCUAUUUGUAUUUGGAUGAAGCACACAGCGUCGGGGCGAUGGGUUCCCAUGGUCGAGGAGUUACUGACUACUUUAAUGUGAACCCCAAGGAGGUGGACAUUUUAAUGGGAACUUUUACUAAGAGUUUCGGAAGUGCUGGAGGAUAUUUAGCGGGAUCAAAGAAACUUAUUGAUUUCCUUCGCACCAAUAGCCACGCUCACUGCUAUGCCGGUUCUAUUUCGCCUCCUAUUGCUCAGCAGAUUUUGACUUCCAUGAAAACGAUUAUGGGCGAAGAUGGAACUGACACUGGUCGAAAGAAGAUAAUGCAGCUGGCCAGGAACACACGCUACUUUCGCCGACGUCUAGCACAGCUAGGAGUGAUAACGUAUGGGCACGAGGACUCACCAGUGGUUCCAAUGUUGGUCUACCUCUUUUCGAAAAUUGGAGCUGUGGUUCGCACCUUGACCACCCGGCACAUUGCUGUGGUGGGAGCUGGAUUCCCAGCCACUCCUAUAAUGGAGGGUCGAAUUCGUUUCUGCCUUUCGGCUGCCCAUACCAAAGAGCAACUGGAUUAUGCACUGGAGGUGAUCGACGAAAUAGGGGAUGACCUUGGUCUUAAGUAUUCACGAAAACCUCGGGAUGCGAAUCCAAUUGUAUACUAAAGACUUCAACCAAUCUUUCAACUUACACACAUUUUGCAUUAAAGAAUGUGGCUGUUAGAUUGUUAGACCCAAAGUAAAACAAUGUCCAGAAACCGGUGAAUCAAAUAUAUAUAUCAAAUAGGUGGGUGGGAUUUGCAUAUUUUGGACUCAUGAGAAGGCUUUGAAAUAGGUUUAUAUUAAGCAACAGCUUGAAAAAUAUAAAGCAGAACAUAGAGCUUUAACACCAAACUAAUAAUAAUUAUUUAGUUUUACCUUUACAUAGUUGUCAAGUUAGUGUAAAUUUCAAAUGCCUUCUGAAAUGGUCUGCAAUGUUUCUUUUAGUAUUUUUUAUUUGUGAAAUAUAAUACGAAAGGUAUUAAGAAAGUCUGGUUAUCGAACACCUCGCUUUUAACAUUUAAGUGCUAAGCUAAAUUAAACGUUUCGUUUGGCAGCAAAAUAAUUUUAAACCGUAAAUUUGUCAACUCCACACAGCCCGAAAUAAAAAGAAUAAUAAAACUAUGGCUAGGGCCAAGUCAUUUUUAUAAACAUAUAUAUUAUUCUAAUGAUUAUGUAUUAAUAGUUUUAUUUUCUAUCAAGAAAUAAAGAUUUGUUGCUUUCUGUAUUAGUUGUGUAAA